CCGUCAGUUAGGCUCAGACAGGCCCCGGCAGAGGUUGGAGGUAUGGAUCCGCCCCUGAAGCCGCCUAAUCUUUCCAACACAGCUGUUAACAGAAAUGGGCGGGUCCGUGCUCUGUACGUAUCCCCUGCGCUUCAGAAUACUCUGCAUUCCAACUUGGAAGCCAUCCCUGACAGAGAGUUGUUAUUAGUCUAUAGUAGUGCCCAGAAGGACAAGACCAAGGAGGGCCCUGCGCAGCGGCUGCUGAACAUGCUGAGAAAAACUUUUAAAGAGUCUGAAUCUAAAAUAGGGGUCGAAGUAACACCUGAGGUGCCAUCUUUGGUGCCAUUUGGAGAUGUGGUUGGCUGCCUGGCUGUUCAUAUAAAGAACUGCAAACAUUUUGCAGCUACAAUUAAUUUAAAAUAUCACAAUAAUUUGUUCAUUCGUAUCUCCAUAAACAACAUUGUAAAAUUUACAAAAAUUCGUGUAAUCCCAGACAGUGGAAAGAACUUUACAGUUAAGUUUAAUGAAGUGAAGUACUUUUCUGUACAGGUUCCUAGACGUCCAGAUGAUGAGCGGAAUAAUAUUUACUUAUCACUAAUGCAGUCUGAAAAUAUACACAGAGCUCCUAUCUUUCUAGGGAGUGUUCGGGUACACCUUUAUGAAGUGAUUCAGAAAGGAUCCUUUACUGAAGAUCUUCAAGUGUACAAUAAAAACACAUUUGUCUGCAGACUGGAGGUGGAAUUUAUGUUCUCAUAUGGAAACUUUGGUUAUGGAUAUUCACACCAGUUAAAACCUCUUCAGAAAAUGAUCGAGCGAUCCAUGUUUCUGAAUAUUGCACCACCUCCAGAAAGAACAGAUCCUGUAACAAAUGUUAUUAUACCACGGUCAGUAGAAUAUCCAGCAUUCUUAUCCCCAGACUUGAAUGUUACUGUUGGGCUGCCACCUGUAGUGUCCAAAACCAGUCAGCCAUCUGUCCCCCACCUUGAAAAGCUUCAGCAACAACCUCGGGAAAGGCUUGAAAAAAUGAAGAAGGAAUAUAGAAAUCUGGGUACUUGGAAAGAAAAAGUUAACUAUUUAGAACGUAUUCUUACCCCAAAAUUGGAACAUAAAGAAUCUGAGGAAAGUAUUACCAGUGAGGAAUUUGAAAAGCAAUAUAAAGAGAUGUGGGAAGAUUCUGCAACAUCAGAUGUCCCUCUUUUAAAGGAAGAAGCUAAAACUGUUCCAAGUAAGUUACCAGAGAAUGAUGAUAACAAAGACCAGACUUCACCAACUUUGAGCCAGUCACCUGAAAAUAAUUCAGAUGCUCUUGCUCCUGAAAGUGAUGAAUCAACAAAACAAACAGACACUCCACCGUCCACUAUUCCUGACAUAAUAGUAACCAGUGAGAAGAUAAAACCUUUAGAGGAAGACUUAUCAAAAGCCGUACCAGAUGAAAAAACAAAUGAAGUAGUAGUGCCUCCGCCAGAAGAAAGUAUGAAAACUAGCGCUCCAAGUAUUAUGGAAAAAUUCUCAUCUCCAUCAGAGGUGUGUUUUUCACCACAAGAAUACUGUCCACCAUAUUUCAGAUCAAAAUAUACAGAAUUCAGACCAAGACUUCAGUUUGAGAAAUUCAACAUUAAGGAUGGGUUUGAUCCUCUUCUAAGGGAUAUUAACAACAAAAUGUCAGCCAGAAAAAGGAAAGACCAAGAUAUAUACAAACGUAGAGAGAGUUUAAGUGCCGAAGUUAUAGAGCAUGAAGACCAAGAUCCUCCUUACCCAACACAUUCAAAAACUGCAAGACCAAUUAACUUAGUCUUCAUCCGGACCCCUGAUACCAUCACAAUAAAGGCUUUAGACACUAAGAGUAACUUAGCUCAUGAUCCUGAUAUCACCCCAGUAAAGAUUACAGAUAUUAGGAGUAAGUUAGCUGGUGGUCCUGAUGUGGCCCUAGUAAAGACUCCAGACACUAAGAGUAAGUUCGCUGGUAGUCCUUAUAUCACCCCAGUAAAUUCAGUAGACAUUAAGAGUAAGUUAUCUGGUGGUCCUGAUACUGCCCCAGUAAAGACUCUGGACACUAAGAGUAAGUUAGAUGGUGGUCCUGGUAUCCCUCCAAUAAAGACUCUGGACACUAAAUGUAAAUUAGCUCAUGGUCCUAAUAGCACCACAGAAAAGACUGUAGAUACUGAGAAUAAGUUAAAGGAGAGAAUACCAAGUGUAUAUUCACCAAACUUUGAAGAUUCUCCAUCAAUGACUGAAAAAGCAAAUACAUGUUGCCUUUCAAAUUCAUUAACCCUUACUCCCAGCAUAGAAAAUUUAAAACAAUCAAUACUUUUCAAGUCAAUUUUAGAUAAAAAUGUGGAAAACCCUCUGGAUACUUUCUUUUCUAAAGGAGAAGCUCCUAUAGAGGGCAGUGAAGCAAGAGAAGAAAGUCCUCCUUCUCCAUUUCUAUAUGUUUCUAGUGAACCAAGAAAUAGUUUGCAAGACCAACUACUUGAAAACAGUCAAGAUUUAAAGAGCUGGGUUUUAGAAAGUGAUACUUUAAAGUCUCAUUUAAGUCAAAUAAUUAAAAAUGUUGCUACAGAUUCACUUUCAGAAAGUAGACCAAGAAGCUCUCCAGAAGUAGAAAGAGAACUUGUCACUGGAAAACACUUUGAGGCUGGUGAGGUAGAUUUUCCAGUUAAAAAAAAGAGUAGUUUCAAAAAGAAACAUUUACAAAGUGAAGUAUCUGUCUCCAAACCAGGUUUAAAUGGCAUUGCAAAUGAUUAUGAUAUAAAGCAAAUAUUCACUGCACCAUACUUCUCAAAGAUAGGCUUGAAAGAAUUGAGUGAUUCACAGAUGAACUUGCAGAGUCAAUUAUCUGCAGCUUGGGAGACUUUAUCUCCAACUAUUUUAGUUCACUAUAAAGAAAAAGAAGAAGAAACAGAAUUACAACAGGCCAAAUCUGUUAUAAGCCAGAUAUUACAGUCAUUUCCUAUAGAUACUCUUGUAGAGUCUGGGAUAAUCAAAGUGGUAGAAUUAGAUAAAGAAUACCAGAAGAAAAUUUUGCCAGAUACAGAGACAGCCUUUGCUGAAGAUAAUUUAAAGCGUUCCACAGAGGAUUAUUCAAAAUCUUUUGGAGAGCAGAAAAUACCCAUCAUUUACAAAGAAACCAUUCCCUUUAAUAAUGUUGAGUUUAUAGACAAUGGUCAAACCAUGUCUUCAAAAGAUUCAGAAUAUCAGUCAACACCCGACAAAAAAACUGAUUUGCCAAGUAAUGGUCAGAGGCUUGAUAAAGAAGAAAAUGACCUAAGCUCUACUUUUGAAAAUUUAAGUAAUUUGUUAAUGGGUAACCUUCAUGAGUCAGAUAUUAUAGCUUUAAACUCCCUUUUAAAAAAUAUACUUAAUGUUUUUUUCAAAUAUGGUCAGUCUGAAAGAAGAGCACCAGAAAAAGAAUUAGAAAGACUAAUUCACCAUUCUUUUCUAAAUAAUACAGAAGACCUUGAAGCAAUAAAACAAUUUGAUAAAACAGAUGUUACAGACAGAAAACCUAUUUUGAAUCCAAAGCUGUCUGCAUUUCUAGAAGAACUCUCAGAGUCAGAAAUAAAACAUUUUAAAUCUGAAUUAAGUAAGCAUAUCCAGCAUUAUCUUUUAGAAAAACUUUCAGAAUCAGGACAUAUCACCAAAGAGGACUUACCAAAAAUCUAUCACAAUCUGUAUUUGAUGAAUAAGAAAACAGAGCUGGAAGUGCAAAGUGUUUUUCUGGAGAAAUAUUCAAAAACUGUAAAAGAAAUUAUGUCUUUCGUAAACAAUUUCAAUCAUCAUUUUAUAGAUAGACAUUUGGAAAUAAAGCUAAGAUCUUUUUUAACUGAAAUUCUCCAAAACCAUUUCCUAAAAAACCUGUCAGAAAGCAGUUUAUUUAAAGAGACAGAAUCUGAGACUAUACACUCAAACAUUUCAUCUCUAAGAACUAAAAGUGCCCCAAUAUCUUUUCAUGAGUUAGAACAAGAUAUAUCAAGGGAAAGUUUUGGCAGAAGACGUGACAUAAAUAUGAAAUAUCCUUUAAAUAAAUCUCUUCAAAACUAUCUUAAAGCUAUAUCAGAAAAUGACCUAUUAAAUAUAAAAGCUAAUUUAAGGAAACUCCUCCAGAGCACUUUUAUAGAAAAACUUGCACAAUCAGAACUAAUCACAGAAAGUCAAUUAGAGAAGAUCAACCAGGAAAUAAAUUUGAUGAAUUCUAGUUCUAAACCAUUAAAAAGCAUAAAGCCAGUUUUCUCUUUUGGAGAUGAACAUCAGUUUAUGGAGGAACAUUCAGAGAACCAAAAUGAAUUUUCAAAAAUCGUUCAGAAACCCAAGGAUUCUGAGGAUAGAUUUGCAGAAACAGACAGAAAGGAAGAAAAGGAAUAUUUCCCCUUGCACAAUAUUAAAGAAAAGUUAUCAGUUAUUAAGGAACAGAAAAGAUAUCAUCCAACAGAAGAAUCUAAAACACUAAAUGUAGUUAAAGUACAACCUGCUCCCAACAAAAAGAUCCAGAUGAUUUCAUUAAAUAAGUCACCAGAAAGUCUUACUGAUACAAUGUUUAGGAAACAAAGGACAGAAAUUGGCUUCAUGCAGCUUCCAAGAGCAGAAAAUACUGUUUUUAAAACAGAGAUUCAAGACCCACAUAGUUGGGGUGGUAAAUCAAAAAUUACUCAGCCAAAUACCUGCUUUGAAAGAACACUGAAAACGAAGUUCUUUGAGAAAAAUGAGCAUAGUGACAGCUAUAAAUUGAUGCUACAGGAAAAACAUGAAACAGUACUGUUGCCAAGUCCAAGAAUCCCUAACUGCAAAAUGCUAAAUAAAGAAUAUGUAAACAAACUCACUUUUGCCCCCAGGCAGAAUAACUCUUUAACUCAUUUCAAUUCUGAGGCUGGGAUAGUAGAUGAUCAGUAUUGUCAGAGAUUGAAAGGAAAUAAUAAUAAUAAUAAAAAACAACAUUUUGUAACAUUUUCACAACACAAAAAAGAAACACAAACUCUCUAUACAAACCCAAAUGAAAUUUACAAUGAAAAAUAUGACAUGGUCCUGGAAUCACAACCAUUUAAAUACAAAGUUGUGGAAUCAGAGAAAAGCUCAAAAUCACCCCUCUUCCCAGAAGUAUUUAAGAGAGAAAACCUAAAGCCUAAGGUCCACAAAGAAAGAGACCAUGUCAGCAAAGAAAAGAAAUCACUUAACAGGAUGGCUAGGAUACUACCAACCACAUUGUCUUCCCCAAGAACUAUUCUAAGGAAAUCUGUUCCAAAGACAUUGCUUCACUGGACUGCAAGAAGAACUAUACAUGAUUGUUCGGAUAGAUUUGAGGAUCUACCCAUGACCUCAUUUCAGCAUCUUGAAAAAGCAAAAUCAAGAGCAAGGCUUUUAGGAAAGAGCACAGAUGAUAGCCAUCAUCAGUUAAAACAUUUUGCAAGACCAUAUACUGCUCCAGAGGUUAACAAAAGACGAGAAAGCUACACUGGAAAAUAUACAAGUCUUCGAAUGGUUUCAGCAGGUUUAGCUCAUACAAACGAUACAAUCCCAGGUUAUGAAAUCCAUAAACUGCAGCAAAAAAAAAUUUAAGACUUGAAAAAUGUUCAGUCAUUGUUGAUAUUAUCUAAAUGUUAAAUAAGUAGAAUGCUUGUGAGACCAACCAUUAGAUUAUCAUUUCUCCAAAUAACAAAAUGGUGUGGGGGUCUGUUCUUUUGUGUGAUCAAAGUCAGCAACUAAAUGUCAUCCUACUAGAACCAUUUUGUUUUAAUUAAAAUGAAAAAGAAACACUUUGAUGUAAAUGUGCUUUUGUUUA